GGGAAGGUAAAGCGGAGACGGCGGUCUCAGGAGCUGUGGGGUCCCCGGCUGGAGGUGGGGGACUCGGCGGGGGAAUCAUUUAAUACUUCACUAUUAGAACAAGUAUGUGAAAGUUCCUGCCAACCAUUCAGAAUUCCUUUAGACAUUGUUUGUUCUACUUUCUGCACAACUUGCUGAGAAGUUCCUUUUUUGGUGCCAUGUUCUGUGGCUUCUAUCAAAAGAGGAGUUUGUCUUCAUGAAGAUUCCUAACAUUGGUAAUGUGAUGAAUAAAUUUGAGAUCCUUGGGGUUGUAGGUGAAGGAGCGUAUGGAGUUGUACUUAAAUGCAGACAUAAGGAAACACAUGAAAUUGUGGCAAUUAAGAAAUUCAAGGACAGUGAAGAGAAUGAAGAAGUCAAGGAAACGACUUUACGAGAGCUUAAAAUGCUUCGCACUCUCAAACAGGAAAACAUUGUGGAGCUGAAGGAAGCCUUUCGUCGCAGGGGGAAAUUGUACUUGGUGUUUGAAUAUGUUGAAAAAAAUAUGCUUGAGUUACUGGAAGAAAUGCCAAAUGGAGUUCCACCUGAAAAAGUAAAAAGUUACAUCUAUCAACUAAUCAAAGCUAUUCACUGGUGCCAUAAGAACGAUAUUGUUCAUAGAGAUAUAAAGCCAGAAAACCUUUUAAUCAGCCACAAUGAUGUUCUGAAACUGUGCGACUUUGGCUUUGCUAGAAAUCUAUCAGAAGGCAACAAUGCUAACUAUACAGAGUAUGUGGCCACCAGGUGGUAUCGAUCUCCAGAGCUCUUACUUGGAGCUCCCUAUGGAAAAUCUGUAGACAUGUGGUCUGUGGGCUGUAUUCUUGGGGAGCUUAGUGAUGGACAGCCAUUAUUUCCUGGAGAAAGUGAAAUUGACCAACUUUUUACCAUACAGAAAGUGCUAGGACCUCUUCCUUCUGAGCAGAUGAAACUCUUCUACAGUAAUCCUCGCUUCCAUGGGCUCCGGUUUCCAGCUGUUAACCAUCCUCAGUCACUGGAGAGAAGAUACCUUGGAAUUUUAAAUAGUGUUUUACUGGAUCUAAUGAAGAAUUUACUGCAGUUGGACCCAGCUGACAGAUACUUGACAGAACAGUGUUUGAAUCAUCCCACAUUUCAGACCCAGAGACUUUUGGAUCGUUCCCCUUCAAGGUCAGCAAAAAGAAAACCUUACCAUGUGGAAAGCAGCACAUUGUCUAAUAGAAACCAAGCCAGUAAAAGUACUGCUUUACAGUCUCACCACAGAUCCAACAGCAAGGACAUCCAGAACCUAAGCGUGGUUCUGCCCCGGGCUGAUGAAGGCCUCCCUGCCAACGAAAGCUUCCUGAACGGAAACCUCGCUGGAGCUACUCUCAGUCCAAUGCACACCAAAAGCUACCAAGCAGGCACUCAGCCUGGGUCUGCCAGCAAAGAUCUCACUAACAACAACAUACCACACCUUCUCAGCCCAAAAGACGCCAAGUCAAAAACAGAGUUUGACUUUAAUAUUGACCCAAAGCCUUCAGAAGGCCCAGGCACCAAGUACCUCAAGUCAAGCAGUAGAUCUCAACAGAACCGGCACUCAUUUAUGGAAAGCUCUCAGAGCAAAGCAGGGACACUGCAGCCCAGUGAGAAGCAGAGCCGGCACAGCUAUAUCGACACCAUACCCCAGUCCUCUAGGAGUCCUUCCUAUAGAACCAAGGCCAAAAGCCACGGGGCACUGAGUGACUCCAAGUCUGUGAGCAACCUUUCUGAAACCAGGGCCCAGAUCUCAGAGUCCAAUACCAGUAGAUACUUCCCAUCCAGCUGCUUGGACUUGAACUCUCCCACCAGCCCAACCCCCACCAGGCACAGUGACACAAGAACUUUGCUCAGCCCUUCAGGGAGAAAUAACCGCAGUGAGGGCACUCUAGACUCACGCAGAACCACCACCAGGCAUUCCAAAACGAUGGAGGAGUUGAAGCUACCCGAACACAUGGACAGCAGCCAUUCCCAUUCACUGUCUGCACCUCAUGAAUCCUUUUCUUAUGGACUGGGCUAUACCAGCCCCUUCUCUUCUCAGCAGCGUCCUCAUAGACAUUCCAUGUACGUGACCCGAGAUAAAGUCAGAGCCAAAGGCUUGGACGGAAGCUUGAGCAUCGGGCAAGGGAUGGCAGCCAGAGCCAACAGCUUGCAGCUCUUAUCACCCCAGCCUGGAGAGCAGCUCCCUCCAGAGAUGACCGUGGCCAGACCUUCCGUUAAAGAAUCCUCCAGAGAAGGCACUGCGUCUUUCCAUACUCGGCAGAAGUCUGAGGGUGGAGUGUAUCAUGACCCACACUCUGAUGACGGCACAGCCCCCAAAGAAAAUCGACAUCUGUACAAUGACCCUGUCCCCAGAAGAGUUGGUAGCUUUUACAGAGUGCCAUCACCACGCCCAGACAAUUCUUUUCAUGAAAAUAAUGUGUCAACUAGAGUCUCUUCCCUACCAUCUGAGAGCAGUUCUGGAACUAACCAUUCAAAAAGACAAACAGCAUUUGAUCCAUGGAAAAGUCCCGAAAAUAUUAGUCACUCCGAACAACUCAAGGAGAAGGAGAAGCAAGGCUUUUUCAGGUCAAUGAAAAAGAAAAAGAAGAAAUCUCAAGCAACAGAUUCCACCACCGGGGAGAAUCCAAGCAUCAAGAAAUCCCUCUUCCCUCUUUUUAAUUCAAAGAAUCAUUUAAAGCAUAGUUCUUCUUUGAAAAAGCUUCCUGUAGUCACUCCACCCAUGGUGCCCAAUUCUGAUGGCCCUGAUCUUCUGACAUUACAGAAAGCCAUUCACUCUGCUAGCACGACAAGCAGCAGACCCAAGGAGUGGCGCCCUGAGAAGAUCUCGGAUCUACAGACCCAAAGCCAGCCACUAAAGUCCCUGCGCAAGCUGUUACAUCUCUCUUCAGCCUCCAAUCACCCGGCCUCCUCAGACCCCCGCUUCCAGCCCUUAGCAACUCAACAAGCCAAAAAUUCCUUCUCAGAAAUUCGGAUUCACCCCCUGAGCCAGGCCUCUGGUGGGAGUAGCAACAUCCGGCAGGAGCCCACGCCAAAGGGCAGGCCAACUCUCCAGCUGCCGGGUCAGAUGGAUCCUGGUUGGCACGUGUCCGCUGUGACCAGGGGUGCCGCAGAGGGACCUUCCUACUCUGAACAGCUGGGUGCCAAGAGUGGGCCAAAUGGGCACCCUUAUAACAGAACAAAUCGCUCCCGAAUGCCAAACCUGAACGAUUUAAAAGAGACAGCCUUGUAAUUUGU